AUGUUCUCCCGCACAUCCUCCUUGACCGUCCUGAGCAGAAGCUGCCGCUAUCUUCUCCGCCCUCACAAUAUCCAGCGGUCUUCAUUUUCCCUCACCGCGCGCUCCUACGCCGCCUUCAACGCCGCUAUGGCCGACACAUCUGGAAUCACCACCGACUCGCUGAAGAACAAGUUGACUGAAGCGCUGCAGGCGCAGCAUGUCGAGGUUGAGGAUCUAUCGGGUGGCUGUGGACAGGCUUUCCAGGCUGUGAUUGUUUCACCUCAGUUCGAGAGCAAGACUAUGCUUGCGCGACACCGGCUCGUCAAUUCCGCGCUCAAGGCCGAGAUCGCUGCUAUUCAUGCUUGGACUCCCAAGUGCUAUACCCCCGAGCAGUGGCAGGCUCUGCAGCAGUAA